AAGCAGCGGUAUCUCAAAAUGACGUCGGAUUGAAAAUGUGGAUUUAUCGUCUCGGUCUUCCGAAGUCCGACAUCGCCGUCCCGGUCGUCAUACAUGGGUUAAUCAAUCGACUCCAGGCGCCAAUCUUCAAUCUCUCUUCUACAAAAAGCAUCGUACAUAAACUCAUCUACGAAAUGAGAUAUUCUAGGCAACCAGAUUUAUCGUUUAUUCAGCCAAUCUAAAUUGUCUUUUAAAAGUAGUAUGGAGCGUUGCUCGGGAAGAAGCUGUGCUGAAACUGUGACGGUAGGACAUGUAAGUGGGCAAAAUGGGUCAAUUAAUUCUGACGCCUGUUGCCGUGGUAACGGGCAGCAGUACACAUAUCCCCAUACAAUGUACACACAUCCCACCCUCUUCUUAUCCCCCACUAUGGCGCUCCCGCCUUUUUUCGCAUAAGUCAUAAGACCACACAUUCCAACCACAAUUCGUCGAUCCAAUCCGCCCCUCCAUAUUGUGAAUGUGUCUUAGCCUUGCCGAAGCAAGGCCUUCGUAGAUAUGGGCGCUCACCAACCUUACAUGUACGACUCCGACAGGCGAGAUUCGACAUUGCCUGAAAAGCCAUUCGAUCCUAAAGCCAUAACUAGAGCAAGCUGGGAACCACAACCUAAGAAACCAAAGCAAAAAGGACCCUUCUUGGCCUUCAACCGACAUCCCGAUGCGCAUGAAGUACCAACAGGCCGAACUUCACAGUUCCGGCUUAUGAGCAGUACGACAAAAUGGUGGAUCAAGUUCAUGCGAUAUGUCCAAUUAUUCAUCCGAGUAUUCCAGAUGAUCGCAGGCGGUGGAUUACUCACCCUCAUGAUCAUAAUCACCAAUGUUGAUCCCCUCACUGCCUGGGUUAUGCGAAUUACUCCCGGUGUUGUAGCUAUCAGCUGUGUCUAUGCUAUUUGGCAUUAUAUCAGACCCGCAAACUCGCGACCUCCCGCUUCUUCAGCAGCGUACCAACUAUUCGCCGGCGUUAUGGACCUGGCCGUUGUACCGCUGUAUGCUUUCGGCGUCAUCUCUGUUAAUAAUCAUGGUAGCGAGUGGAAACUUCUGUUCACGUCGACCUGGCAGCUUAAGGAUGCUUUGGUGCAGACCGAAUAUUACAUGCUCAUCACCGCCGCUGGGCUACACGUAGUCUCGCUUUGCAUCUCGAUCUGGCUAGGCCUCAUGUUCCGUCGCAUCGCCAGCAUGCCGCCCGAUAUGAACCCGCUUGAGGACCACUUGACCUCUCGCGUCAAACAGCGCCAACACAAGCGCAACAAGUCCUCCGUGGCCACUAGCUACACUGCCAUUUCGGACGUUUCAUCAAAGCGUCUUUCGACUCCUCUAGAGGAUUACUGCAGCUCGGGAGCCGCUUACGAGGACCUAUCCCGACCACCCAGUAUCCCAUUCAUGCACACACGCACCGGGUCCCGAGACUCAUUCGCCUCCUCGAAGCGUGACUCUCGUUCCGAUCUCCCAAGUAGACAGUACCAGAUCACACCAGGCAACUCUCCUCGCAAUAGUGUCGCAGGUUCCCUCGCCGACCUAAAUCGUCUAUCUACCUCACGCCUCCCACAACCGCAACGCGCAACAUACACCGAAGUCCCGCUCCACGAAACCAACGCCUCCCCAACAUCCUCCCGGCCCAGCACCGCCACCAUAGCCGCCCCAGCGCAUAUGCAACCCACCAACGCAUCCCCAACCCGCAUAGCGCGGUUCACCGAAGCAUGGUACGCCUCCGAAUCCCUAAUCAACCGAACCCAAGAACGUCAACGCGCCCUCAACGCCGCCGAACGACGGCAAUCGCGUCCGCAAUCCCAAUACGAAGCACUAUCCCAACGAUACAAUUUCGAAGAUGAGGAUUCUGACUCCGACCGUGAGAACCGCGGUAUUAUACGCCCGGACUCGGACGAUGAGGAGGAGGGGGAUAAUGUGCAGAGUAGUCCGAUUAAUGUAACCGCGCAUUUACACCCGAAUCCGUUGAGGUUGAAUCCGAUUCCGAUGUCGAAUGGAGGUGCGAAUGGAAGUACGAGUGAUAUUGCGAGUCGCCAGAAGACGCCCUUCCGACCACCCCCACCGGGUCGUGAUUCAGCGGGUUCAGCCUUGUCGGAAGUCAAUCUUAACUCCCGUCGCGUAAGCGGAAGCCAGGAUAUCGUGGAUGAGAAACCAGCGCCCGGCGCUACAUCAUUCUGGCGUCGCAGCACAAUUGGAAGGAGUAAACGCGGUAGUGGGAGUGGAAAUGCGGCGACGGCACGGAAUCGGGAUUCCUCGAUUCAACCUGAUGGUGAUUUCUACGCUAAGCCGUAUGGUGAGUUGAAACCUGCUACGCCGCCGAUUAUGUUGGAUGCGAAGAAGGGAAGUGCGGGACGCCAGGUGUCGUCCGGUAAUGAUUAUGGGGAUUUGGGGAGUGCGAAUGCCAGUGCGGGGGCUUGGAGGAGUAGAAAUGUUAGUGGCAAGGUUGCGGAGGAGGGGUUGGCUGGGAAGAGAUACUCUCGGUAUAGUAUUUUGAACGAUGAUUGAGAGGUUUGAGGCAGGAUAGGAAGGGUUGGAGGUUUGGACUGAUUGGUUGAUUGGUUGAGAUAUCCACGAUACUUGGGAGUUAAGCUUUGCGUCUUGAUUUUGAGGGAGGAAGUGAUGGAUGGAGUUCAUGACUCGAUCGACCGAUGUGUGAUAAUGAUUCACGGAUGUAAUACUAGAAACAAAGGGGAAUAGGAAUUGGAAUUGGAACUGGAUAGGUCAGGAUUCUGGUCUGAAUGAAAUAAUACUUAAGCUCUAUGUAUUUUAUGGUCUUUUAUGUGAAGUGAUGCUAGUGAAUGACUUUUGGAUGAUAUCCGGGUUGGUUGUUGAUAACACCAAGGCUACUAUGUGGGUAGAC